AUGAAUCCCGAUACUCUCUUCGGUCAGCAACUUCGCAAUUCACUAGAGACGCGGCGCCGCCAGGGAUCCCUGUUGAUUCCACCAUCCCCACCAGUGCCUGGCACAGUGGAUUUUGGCACUAAUGAUACUCUUUCUCUGUCAUCUUCCCGUGUUCUGAGUCACGAAUUCUUGCGUGAAAUUGAAAAGAACUCGGGCUUCGCGAUAGGUAGCGCAGGCGGACGCGUUGGAGGAGGCCCGAGUGCAUAUCUAACUGAGACCGAGAAUUAUAUCGCCAGUGUGCAUGGUGCCGAAUCUGCGACCUAUUUCAAUUCCGGGUAUGAGGCAAAUGUUGCCUUCUGGUCGUCGAUCCCAAAGAAAGGUGAUGUGAUCAUUCAUGACGAGAAAGUCCAUGCUAGUACCAAUGACGGUAUGCGCAAAGGCCGUGCAAGUGCCCUGAUACGUUUCACUCACAACGACUGUGACUCGUUCAGUGAAAGUAUAAAGUCAGCCUGUCGCAAGUUUCCCGAUAUCGCAGCUGGAAAAGCUGUUAUCCUCUUUGCGGUCGAUUCAUUCUAUAGUAUCAGUGGAGAUAUCGUUCCAAUCCAUCGCUUUGUCAUCACGGCCUCCGAGCUAUUGCCACACAAGAACUAUGCAUUUGUUAUCGAUGAGGCCCACUCCAACGGGCUGGUGGGUCCGAAUGGCUCGGGCUUUGCCUCAUUCUGGGGCCUUGAGGCGGAGAUGGCUAUCAGAAUCCAUACCUUCGGCAAGGCGCUGGGGGUCACCGGCGCAGUCGUGUUGGGAAGUCAAGAUGUGAAGCUUGCGUUACUUAAUUCAGCCCGCAACCUCCUCUUCACUACCGGUCCAAUCUUCCCGGUACUAGCGGCGAUCAGAGCGAGCUAUAAUUUGAUUACAGGACAGGAAGGCGAGAAGCGGCGCGAAUCCCUCCAAAAAAAUGUCCUUCACUUCUACAGGAGCCUUGAAGGUCACCCGCAGCUGGAAAGGGUCAGUCGCUUGGGUAUCCUGCGGGUUCCUUUACUCGCGGGCUGGGAGGAACGGCCAUUCCAAACCCCAAUUGUGGUGGUCUAUACACAGGAUGGGAAGAGUAGCUCCCUUGCCAAUGAACUUGAACGACAGAAAUAUCGCGUUCAGCAAGGUGGAUACCCAUUCGUACCAAGAGGGCUUGAAGGCAUACGCAUCAUGAUCCAUGCCGACAAUACAGAGCAGGAGAUCGAAGGAUUGCUGCAGGCUAUCAUGGCAUGGAGUUGCGCUCAUGCCGAAGCUACGACCAAAGCCGAACUUAGGAACAAGCUUUAG